AUGUCAUUUGACAAUCAAAAAUAAAAAAAGACCCAAGACAAUAAAAUAACAAUGGUUAAUGAAAUGGUCUUUCUAAAUUUCACUGGCCAAUCUCCAAUUAAAACAGCGCCAUUGUUAAAGAAAUAGAAAAGCAGAAAACAAUACAAGAGAGCUGCAACUAUCAUCGAUGAUGAUGAUUCCUAUAAGGGACCAUUUGAGGAUAGCAGAGUAACAAGAAUGAUCUUUGAGAAGUAUAGAAUGGUUGAACUAACUCGAUUUUGGUUUAUCAUUGCAUGUAUGGUGCUAACGAUCUUAGAAGUAUUAAUGUUUUGAAUUAGUAUGAAUAUAGUUUUUCAACAUUCCUAACCAAGACGAUGGAAUUUGAAUUGCGCCUGCUAUUGUACAUAAUAUUCUAUAUGUCAUUGAUAAUUGUCUUGCUGACAAUCAUAGCUUACUUAAUUGAACUUGAAUAUAGAAAGUGUUCAAAAAUUAUUUCCAGCAAAGCAUCCCUCGUAUAAACUGACUUAAAAUGGGGAUUGCUAUGUGAAAUUAUCAUUAUCCUUCCCACCUCUAAUCCUUUCACUUAAGGUUAUUAUGUUAACUUUGAAUAGAGAGGAACAGCAGAAACCAGAUUUUAUAUGAUGAAUGAAAUUCUAACAUAUAUCAUGUUUUUCAGACUCUAUUUGCUCCUGAAUAUCGGGUUUAAAUUUUAGACCUAUUAUUCGAAUCGGAUCGGAAGAGUGUGGUAUAAUAUUGAUGUCAAUUUGCAUAGUCGUUUGUAUCAGACUCGAUUCGGAACUCAUUUAAUGUUGAAAUUAUGCAUACGCCAAUUCCCCUUCUACACCUUGACUUGGCUCUUCAUUGUUGGCUUCAUCCAAUACACCUAUUAGUUAGAGAUAUCGGAAAGGCCACUCCUGAGAACUUUUGAUUCCUUGGACAACUAUGGACUCACCAAAAGUCAGUGGGUUACUAUGAUAACCAUAGCCACAGUAGGGUAUGGGGAUUUCUUUCCUUACACAGAUUUGGGUCGAAUAGCCAUGACAUUGGGGUUGUUUUACGGUGUCACCAUAACCUCAUUGUUUACAGCCAUAUUAUAUAAUAUGUUAUAGCCAAAUUCAGGAGAGUACCAGUCUUGGGCUCUGUUGGACAAAGCCACAAUCACGAAGAACAUAAAAAAGGCAAGUUCAAGAAUAUUUUUUUAUUUGAAUGAGUUGAGGAAAAGAAAGAAAGUCUCAAAAACUGAAGGGUUGAAUAAUAAUUUUGAAGAUACACUGUUUAAUUUAGAACGAUUUCUAUAAGAUGUUGGGAUGUUGAAAAGGUAUUGAGUUAUUAUGUCACACGAUAGAAUGCAUAGGGAUAUUGAUGGAGAAGAAUUCUAAGAAAUGGUGAAACGGAAAUUCGGAGAUGCCAAUGGCAAAUUCAAAGAAAUCAGACAACAACUGUAUAAAUUCAAUGAAUAGUAAUACUUGAUACAGGCUCACCUGUCUAAACUAUAGUAAAACUCGAUUUUGGAAAAAGAAUAGACCUAAAUACAACAAAUACAAGUUUCCCCUGUUUCUCAAAAGAUCCUCAGGAACUAAUUAAACACGGAAGAGAAACUUAGCAAAGAUGAAGAAUUUUUCAAUAACUUGGACGAUUCACAUAGAGACUCUUGUUUGAUGAGUUUCCACGAUUGA